UACACGCCGCUAGCCCACCCUCGAGUCUCGAGCCAAAAUAGCUAACAAACGCUGGCUCCCGCAGCGUGUUUAGGCCUCGAGGCGCCACAUUCAUCUCUCUGAACAAGCGCUGUGCAGUUGACUGCAGCAAAAAUGGUCUGCAGGACGCUGCACAGCCUCCUGGCGGCAGCAGUGCUACAACAGGCCAGCAGCUGGACGCCACCGAUGCGCAAAAGAACGCAAAUUGCGCCGAGACAUGCAUUAACAGUAGAACAAGACGCCCGCUGGCCCGGCUGGCAAGAGUCCGUGGACCCGGCCGCGAAAUUGCUGUACAUGCCCUUCCUAGAAACGCAACUACAAAUCCUGGACAAGAUCGGCGCCGUCGAGCGGCCGGACGCCGUGCGGCCAGAUUUAAGACUAGGUGUGAAACCGCGGCGAUCUGAUGAUGACGCAAAGGGCGCGGCCCGGGUCGGGAGCCGCGUCUUCGAGGUGCCCGGUACAUUUAGGCGUGUUAGGAUGACGUACUUCGACGGCGGCCAAGCGUUACAAGUCUUCAACUCGCUGUGGUACCCGACGUUCGACCGGCCGGACGCGCCUUUGCUCGGCGUCGACUUGCUGCGAUUCGGACCCAAGAAGUUCCUCUGCAUCGUCGACGCCCAGCCGCCGCAGGGCCGCGCCCACGCCACGCACGACACGAGUUUACUAGAUGCCAUCAAGCGGAAGUACCCCGCGCUCGAGGGCGAGGUGUCCUCCCGCUACUACGACGACAACCGCUUCUUCAGCAAGCAGAUGCUGUACGGUCGUUUUGCGGACGACGGUGAAAAGUUAGUAGAGGAGGCGCUGCUCCCGGCCUUCGGGGCCUACGUCGAGGCCUAUGUGGACGUCGUCGCGCGCUGCGGCACUUCGGGAAAGGACGCGCGGCCCUUCCACGCGGACUACGACGCGUUCAACGCCGAGCGCGACCCGGCGCACGGGCUGUUCACGUCGUAUUUCGGCGCGGAGUGGUCCGACGCGUACCUCUCGGAGUUCCUCUUCGCGCUGGCGCACGAGAGCGCGGGCGACGGCGUCGUCGCGUAA